AUGGUAACGUUCAGCGCUUUGGACGUCACUGGGUUUGCGCCUAACUUGAUCGACAUGCUCAAGGCCAGUACGAGUCUAGAGAAAGUGGCCGAAAACGACUUCCACAUCCAAUGUGUCACGUACGCGGCUCGUUUUGACUGCAUGGUAUACCGUCGUCAGUGGGUGUGUAAGCGUAUUGCAGCGCCUCGUCCCGAUUCUCGGCAUAGCGUCCAAGAACUCAAUGAAUCCACUGUUCAAUCAGUAAUGUUUGUCAACGUGUCAGCUUUUAUUAGGUGCGUAGAGCUGUACAGUGUCAUUUCGAUAUACGAUGCAUACGAAUUUCAGAUUCAUCUGCCCCGCAAAAGCAGAUGCAAUAGCAUGUCUGAACAGACGCUAUUCGUUCCAUCCAAUGUUAUCAUCCAACAGGAUAUCAAUUAUGCUGGAUUAGCAUUUUGGCGCCAUGCCAAUCGACAAUCGCUCUCUCUUGUCACCCUUGCACAACGAGUUCACCUGACAACAAAAAAGCAGCGUGCCUGCACUCGUGAAACUCCUCAAAGCCUCCCUCGUUCGCGAUUCCAACCAGAUGGUCGCAACUGGUUAAGUCGCGAGUGUACUCGCCGUUAUGCAGCAGUGCCUCAUCUGAUCACGAAACAAUGA